AUGAAAUAUCAUAGUGUACCAUUAUUAGUGAUUGGACUAGCAAUAUCUACAUUAGAGCUAACUAAAUAGUCUGAAAUCACCUUAAGCAGUGGCAAUAGAUUCCUUGCUGAGUAUAACCCAUUUACAUUCUUUGAAGUCUAUGCAGAAGUGAGACCUGAUCCACCAGCAAUUUCAAAUUAAUAGUCUAGCACUAAUAAUGGCGUGGAAUAGAAGAAAGCAAUAACAGAAUUCUAAAGAAUCUCAGUCAUGAAGGAUGGGAAGAUUAUGUCAGAUUUUGACCCUGAGGCUAAAUCCUAGACAUGUUAGCCUGCUUCUAAAUAGAUGAAAAAUUAUAAAGAUUAACCAAAUAGUUUCACCAAGGAAAAAAUUAUUAGUUAGGACUUUGUGAUUACUGUUCCUAAAGACAAGCAAGCAUUGUUUAGUGACUAACUUCUUUAUAUUAAAGCCUAAUCUUCAAGUAAAUUAGUUAGACCUAAUGUAGGGCCUAGCAGUAUUCAGCUAACAAAAGAUUAAGUAACUUAGGAAUAAAGAUUUGAUGUUAGCUACAGUUGUGAUUAGCUCCUGUAGAAGCAGAAAUAAUACUAUGAUACUUUAUUGGUGACUAUUAGCUCUGGAACUGAUUAAAUCAGUUUUGAUUUUAUUGUAGUAUGUGAUGCCAACUAACUUAGAGGUUUUGAUAUUAACUUCCUUGUUUUAUUUGGAAUUGCAGUCCUAGUAUUAGUGAUUGUUAUUAAAACUCCACCUUUGUAGAUGUUGGGACAAAUGACUUAAGAAGAGUAGGAAUAAACUGAUCUUAAGCUAUCCUCAGCAAUAUUUUUCUUUUGCUCAGCCAGUAUAAUGCUCUUUAUACUUUACUACUUCUUGGAUAGUGUCAGGGGUAUUUUUGAAAUUUUAAUUCUAGUUUCUUGCACUGGUUGUGCUUCUAUAAUUUUAGAAGAGCUGAUGUUUUAGAUUUUCAAGCCAAGAUCGAGCGACUUCUUGAAAAGAGAAGUUAAAUUGCCGUGUCUAGGUGAUGCAUCUAAUGCUUCAAUAAUCGGCACUCUAAUAGGAAUGAUUCUAUCAGGAGCAUGGUAUUUUACUCAUAAUUGGCUAUUAAACAAUCUAUUAGCUGUUAUGCUAGCCUUGACUUUCCUAAAAACCAUUAGACUAACAACUUUAAUGCCAGGAAUGCUCUUAUUAGGCUUACUUUUCUUCUAUGAUAUCUUUUGGGUUUUCUUGAGUCCAUAUUUUACUACUGGUGGCAAAAGUGUUAUGGUAGUAGUUGCUACUGGACUUGAUAUUCCUAUUAAAAUUGUUAUGCCUCAUCUGACCUCAAGUUAUCCAACCACUGCAUGUUCUUUAUUAGGACUUGGAGAUAUAUUGAUUCCAGGAAUAUUCGUUUGCUUUAUGGCCAGAUUUGGAUCGGAAGUUGCAAAGAGUAAUGCUUAUUUCUAUUCAGCUAUAAUUUCAUACAGUAUAGCACUUCUAUGCUGCGGAGUAAGUCUUUGGGUAUUCAAAGCUGCUCAACCUGCACUAUUAUACAUUGUCCCAGCACUCUAUAUUGCUGUACUAUCAACUGGAUAUGCAAGAGGAGAAAUUCAUAAAUUAAAAGAAGGACUUCCUAAAAUUGAAACCGCUUAAUUAAAUAUUGAGAGAGAUAGAUAUGAAGGAAUAGACAUUGAAGACAACAAAAAGUCAAGAGGUGACUUUGAAAUGACCUCAGUCUCAAGAAGAAAUUGA